GAGCAGAUGCCAUUUUCUCUCCUAAUCUGGUCACCACUACUAAGAAGAAGCAUCCUCCUUCUGCUCCUGGGAAAGGAGGCCAAAUCUGGCUUUGGGCCAUAAUCUCAGCCCUCUGCUCAGAGUGGGAGGUUCACUCUAACCACUGAAUUUACCUGCAGCCUCAGAAGAUCCUGGGGCUUUUGGAGACCCUCCUGUUCCUGUGGAGAAGCAUGAGCAGUACAUCCGUUUUCCUACCUGCUUCUCGGCAGGACAGCUCACCCUUUGGGAUAGAUCAGGAAAGAAGGUUUCCAGAUGGGGCUAAUCACCCAAUCCAAACCCUGGCCUUGGCUCCAGUGGCCCAGAAAAGCCAGCCUCAGCCUCUGCAUUCUCUGACUUUUUCCAGAGAGAACAAACGUUCUGAGUCCAGACAUUCUGAGAGUAUCAGCUAUGUCACAGAGAGCCUGGCGAUGAACUCGGCUGAUGAGGAGAAGUUGCUUUUGAUGAGCAAGAAUUCAGAGCUCCGGAGGCUCAACAAAGAGCUCAUGAAGCUGAAUCAAGAGUGGGAUCACAUCUACCACACCACGACCCUACAAAUGCAGCAAAAGAUGAGUGCCUUGCAGAUGGAGGUGGUCGGCCUCAAGCAGCGGGGAGAGCGACUGGUCAUGAAGCUUGAACAAGAGCAGAACAAGAAGGAGUACUAUGAACAAACCCUUCUUCAGGAGCUUAAGAAGAACCAGAACCUCCAGGAAUAUGUGAGGCACCUUGAGAGCAAACUGCGCCAGAGUCAUGACAGGCAGACCCUGGUGAAUUUCUUAGAAGGCUAUGGCAAUUCUCCAAUCCUGCUGCCCAGGAAGAACAGAAAGACUGAACUAUAUGAAACUGGGUCCAUGCUGGAGCCCAAAGACCUGGAGCGAAUGAAAACUGAAAGUGAAAAUCUACGCAAGAAGGAGGAGGACAUGAGGCACCAAAUGGCCCUUUUGAAAGAACAGCUCAAGGCCUUUGAAGAUGACUUUAGGAAGGAGCGCUCGGACAAGCAAGUCUUCCAACGCCUCCUGAGCAGCAAAUCUCAUAGCAUAAGCUCCAUUGCCAGGGGCUGUGAUUGCAAUGGCCAAGAGAAGCUUUCUGCUUCAGCCAUAGCCUCUACCAGGUCUAGACCAGGCGGCUGCAGCAAACCCUGUGAUCGAUACUCACUGAAAGGCAGCGAUAGUACCAAGACCCACAUUCCCUUGCGAUCCUCAUACCGUGACUUUUAGGAAGUCAAAGUGGGCAGGCCUCCCAGGGAGCACACCUGUCUUUCCCAACCACUUUUCGCAGAGCUAAGACAAACUUGGGAGCUCCUACAGUAGGCAACAUUUUCCCCUGUGGGGCAUUAUCUUUCAAAAACUCCCACAUAACCCAUAGAAAGUGCUAACAUUUUGAGAAGUCAACUCUGCCCUAGCCUGGGCCAUGCAUGGUCAGAUUGGGCCAAGGUCAAGAGGGGCUACAGUGACAUGAGCGAUACGAGCAAAGCCACUGACCAAAUCUGAAUCAUUUAGGUCAAACCAUGAGCUAGCCUCCAACUCACCUUCUUCCCACUCAGAGGCCAAGAUGGCUUCUUCUAGCUUACGUCAAUUAGCAUUGUACUCUGAUAGAAAAGCAAAAGGCCACAUCGUAGUAAAACAAGCUAGCAGAGAACAGAAGGCAGUAUCCUUUGGGUCUAUAGUUUGGGGAAGAAUUCAUAACUAAGCCACGCAAAGAGGAGCUCAUAAUAGAUGAAACUUUUUUUUGAUGAUACGAAAUGUAGCAGCUUUUGCAUGAACAAAAUCAACAUAAUAGCAUUUAAAGGAGAAACUACAGAUUGGGAAAAAAAUCUUCAUAGCAUCUGUCUCUUGCAAAACUCUGACAGCUUAGAUCUAUACAGAAUUUCUAUAAAUAUAUAAGACCAAGAGCCAUUCCCCAAUAGAAAAGUAGCCAAAAUAUACGAACAAAGUUCAGAAGAUGAAAUGCAAAUGACCAAUGACUACCUGGAAAACUGUUCCAUAUAACUGAUAAUAAGAGAAAUGUAAAUGAAAAAACCGCCAGCAUUUUACCUAAUAGCCAGAAAAUUGUCAAAGAUGCUCAAAGAUGGAAAUAGUUAAUGUUGGAGGGGCUACAAUGGGCAGAAAAGCCCAAUAAUAGCCCAUUAGUAGAGCUGGGCCAAUCGUUCUGGAAAACAAUUUGGAGCUCUACUAGAUUGUUUAGAGAUUUCUUUGGGCAUUUACCACAAGGUCAAAGGCCUUCUCAACAUGACAAUAUAUAAAGGAACAUCUUUGGGGGUCAUAAGAAACUGGAAACUGGUAGAUAGAUGGCCAUCAGUUGGGGAAUGGUUGCACUGCUAUAGUAUGUGAAUGGAACAUCUAAUGUAAUUUCUCUGGAAGAAACAACCAGCAUGACUUUCAGAAUCACUAGGUAGUUUCUCCCGACCUUCUCUCUUGAGUUUUCUUGAUUACAGCUGCAGGUACCAGCUAUCUCAUAGAAAUGGAGGUCCUCUCACCAUUUCUCUUUAGAGGCCCUAAUGGUCAGGAGAAUCAAUUUUUCCCUGCAGCCCUUCACCCCCAAAGUGAAAGGGUCAGUACUGUUCCUUUUAUUUUCAUCUCUCCCGUCUGUCCCGCUUCCAAACCUCCGCCAAUAUUUUCAGCUAAUGGCAAAUAAAGAAAUAAAAAUGUUGAUAGUGAAAAAACUG